AUGCAGGACGAGUUGGGGGAGGGGGACAAUCAUAGAGAGACCAGACUUCACCUCCCUGGGAUCCUAAUAAGCUCUCCAGGAGCGCCCCAGACCUCGCCCCUCUACUCCCUUCUUCCCUCAUCAGACACAGGGCUGUCAUUUUAUGAAGACUCUCCUAAGUUUCUCCUGCACUCAACUCUGGCAGGAAGGGCUGUGAGUCACCCAGAUUCUGCUCUGAUCCUUGAUACCCCUACACCAGAGGGCCCCAGGCAACCUCCUGCCUUCAGGGAUCAGAGGCAAUCUUUCUCUCUUAGCCUUGAAAACGCACUUAAAGACCUGCAGACAAAUGUGACAAUUACCAGGACUGAUCUUUUAAUCAAAGGACCAGCUCCCAUCUCUACUGUUUCCUCCUACUGUCAUCUAGUUACCAUUUCUGGACUGCAGACAACUUGCCUGGCGGGGGAGUUAGAAGAGCUUGCUGAAUGGAUACGUAGUUUAUUCACAAAGAAUUUCAAUCUAGGAUCUACAAGUAGCGCCCAGGCUUACACCGACCCACCUGCUGGGACCAAAACAGUUUCUCGCUCCUCGCCUCUGUCCCGCAGUCAGAAGCUCGCCCGCUCAACUGCCGCAAUGGGGACCUGCUUUCCAGACCUGAUCUCUGUCCCCCUCCUCUGCAGCAAUUCCUCUCCUCGGCCCCCGCAGCCUAUCAUUUCCAGCUCUAAAUGGCUCUCACACCGUUCAGCGCCCACCAACCUGUCAGGGCGCAGGGGUCGGCUUCUACCACUUUCCUCCUUUCCAGGGCAGCUGGCUCGCUUGCCUUCAGGGCAACAGCUAGCCGUCGCACGGCCAGCGAUGACUACCAAACUGCAACUAGGAGAAACUAAUCCACGCAUUGGCUCUGGGUCUCCUAAGGCCCACGUCACUGUGAGCUCAGAUUUCCAAAUACCAUUCACACCCGCAGUACGGCAGGAGGGUGGGGGCGGGACUAACUUGGCUCCUUUGAUUUCCUUUGUUGGGCAGACCUUGCUAUCACUGCUAUUACCAUGGCAGAACCGCCUAAGAAAUGAGAUAGAAGAAGCUCUGGACACAGAUCUCCUCAAGCAGGAAGCAGAACAUGGAGCCCUGGAUGUCCCUCAUCUUUCUAACUACAUUCUCAAUUUGAUGACUCUGCUAUGUGCACCAGUUCGAGACGAAGCGAUACAGAAACUAGAGGCCAUAACAGAUCCAGUACAGUUACUGAGGGGCAUCUUCCGUGUUCUGGGCCUAAUGAAAGUGGACAUGGUGAACUAUACCAUCCAGAGCUUUCGACCCUAUCUGCAGGAGCAUUCCAUCCAGUAUGAACAAGCUAAAUUCCAGGAACUCCUUGAUAAACAGCCCAGUCUCCUCGAUUAUACCACAAAAUGGCUAACCAAAGCAGCCACAGACAUCACUACACCAUGUCCGAGUUCUCCUGAGUCACCUAGCUCCUCUCGCAGCGUGGCGUGUUCACUUCCAAACGGGGCAGGUAACAACUCAGAGCCCCCGAGUCCAACAAUGGUGCUAUACCAAGGCUACCUGAACCUCCUCCUCUGGGAUCCUGAAAACGAAGAAUUCCCUGAGACUCUGCUGAUGGACAGAACCCGGCUCCAGGAAAUGGCGUUCCAGUUGCACCAGUUAACUGUCCUGGCCUCAGUCUUGCUAGUGGCCAGAAGCUUCUCUGGUGAAAUUUUAUUCAGCUCAUCUGAAUUUGUGGAUAGACUGAAAUGCAUCACCAAGGCCCUAACUGAGGAAUUUAUCUCCAGGCCUGAAGAGACUAUGCUGAGUGUGAGUGAACAGGUGUCUCAGGAAAUCCAUCAAGGCCUUAAGGACAUGGGCCUCACUACUCUGAGCAGUGAAAACACAGCAUCUCUCCUAGGCCAACUCCAGAACAUCACCAAGAAAGAAAACUGCAUUCGGAGCAUUGUUGAUCAGCGGAUCCGUUUGUUUCUCAAAUGCUGUUUGCUUCAUGGCAUGCAGGAGUCUCUGCUACACUUUCCUGGAGGCCUCAUUCUCAUUGAAAGGGAGUUGGCAGAACUGGGCUGGAAGUUUCUCAAUCUGAUGCAUCAUAAUCAGCAGGUAUUUGGCCCAUACUAUGCUGAGAUCCUAAAAAACAUCAUCCAUCCAGCUCAAGCACAAGAAACAGAUGUGGAGCAUAACUGAUAGUGCUGGACCCCAGCCAUGGCAACAGGGAUCCAGGAGAGAGAGGUCAGCAUGUUUCUGGGAGGACAUCACCUGUGGUCAGUCGAACACUCAGCCCUCUUCCUUGCUACAGCCAGGACACAGGGAUGCAGGGGUCAAGCAUGUAAACACCAAAUGGCCCAAUCCCCUUCACUAAUAAACUUCUGAGCUGCAAGAAAA